AUGACAUCCUGGGACAAUGCACGCCGGCACGCUCGUGCCCUCGAAUCGGCCCUCGACACCAAACUCGCCUCGUACUCGCGUCUCGCAGCAGACAUUGCUGGCGGCGUCGGAUCCCGUGCUGGCGGGAGUGGUGGCGGCGGGCCCAGCCGCGAUGUCCUCGACGCCGAGGAAGGUGUGGGCGGAUACAAGCUUGUCGAGGAGGAGAUUGAGGAGCUGCUUGGCAAGCUCGAACAAGCCAUCGAGGACCUGACGGCGCUCAUCAACUCGCCCUCCCAGCCGCCCAGCGCGAGCAUGCAGAACGCUGCACAGCGUCACCGCGAGAACCUCGACGACUACAGGCGCGAUUUCACGCGCGUGAGGAGCAACAUUGACGCGGCGGUGCAGAGGAGUAACUUGCUCGGAUCGGUGCGAAAGGAUAUCAACGACUACAAGACCGCCCUGAGCUCGCAGACGGACGCGCUCCUCGCCGACCGUGGACGGAUAGAUUCGAGUCACAGGAUGAUGGACGACACGCUCAACCAGGCCUACGCCACCCGUGAAGACUUUGCCCAGCAGCGCUCCAUGCUGGCCUCUAUCGAGUCGCGCAUGGGCCGCGUCGUCGCCCAGAUGCCCGGCAUCAACUCGCUCAUCUCCAUGAUCUCAUCAAGGCGCCGUCGCGACACGUACAUCCUUGGCGGCGUGGUUGCGUUCUGUGUGCUGCUCCUGCUUGCAUACCUGUUCGGAUGGUAG